AGCGGGGAGGCCCCGCCGGGGCCUGCCGGGACCCCGCUGCUGCCGCCGCCCCGGCUGCGCGGGGCCUGCCCGCCACGGAGACACGGCUCGCAGCACCGGCAGCGGGAGCCUCGCACAGCAGACGGCCCUCCCGUUCCUUCCCCGUCCUUUCUCUGCCUUCCUCCCCGCGGGGUUGAUCUUCCUUCCCUUUUCUGCUCCUGUUUCGUCCAGCUCCUUUCUCCGUCCUUUCCUUUUGCUCCCCCCUUCUCGCCUCCUCGUGCCGGGCAGGGCUGCUGUCCCCAGACACCCCUUGGAUCCUGGGAUCUCCUGUGUGCUGCCGGCGCUGGGCAGGGUGUGAGGCUCGGGAGCAGCCCAGCCUCACAGGGCUGUUGCUUUCUGUGGGUGAGGGUGGGAUUGGGGCACCUGCAGGAGCAUCUUUUUGUGACUGUUCAAUAAAUAAUCUCCGUCUUCUGUCCAACAGGGCUUGCCAGGUGAAGAUCCCUGCGGUCCUCCUUCAGACUGUCUGGCCAAGCUGCCUCUGUCCUCAUCCCUCAGGACCCUGGGCCUAGCCAAAUCCACUGGUGAAACUUGUCAGCAGAGCGUGGGGCUGAUGCAGAGGAGGCACUGAGCUGGGACUUGUGCUGAGUUUCUGCGCCGUGCCAGUGGAGCCACGCCCGAGUGGCACCUGUGGUGGUGCUCAGCUGCAGUGUUACCCCCGUGCUUUGUGCCACAGGGCCAGCUUUUGUGAUGCUGCUGCCCGCGUUUGGUGCAGCUUCGCUUUUUGCCCAGCCUCUCUCUUGUUCACACAGCGUUUCGGUAUUUGUAAUUCCAGGGGGAUUCCUUUCUCUUUGACUUGGGAACAGCACAGAGGGGAGGAAGUGCUGCUUCCUGUGCUGGCCUGGCUGUGAGCAGCAAUGGCCCAGCCCGUGCCAGCCCUGGCCCUUCGCGCCGUUGUCCGGCGGGUGCUGGGGUGACGCCGCGGCGCCAGCGCGGCUCUCCCUGAGGCGCGGGGCACCCCCGCCAUGGCUCUGGCGGCCGCCGAGGAGGCGGUGGGCUCCUCGGGCAAGCACUACGUGUGCGGGCUGUGCGCGGCCUUCACCAACAUCGCGGUGACGUUCCCCAUCCAGAAGGUGCUGUUCCGGCAGCAGCUCUACGGGCUGCGCGCCGGCGAGGCCGUGCGCCAGCUGCGCCGCGACGGGCUGCGCACGCUCUACCGCGGCAUCCUGCCCCCGCUGCUGCAGAAGACCACCACGCUGGCCCUCAUGUUCGGCCUCUACGAGGAUUUCUCGGCGCUGCUGCUGAGCCACGGCCGCGCCCCCGAGCUGCUGACGCGCAGCGCGGCCGCCGCGCUGGCCGGCACCGCCGAGGCCGUGCUGACGCCCUUCGAGCGCGUGCAGACGCUGCUGCAGGACUACAGGCACCACGACAGGUUCACAAACACUUACCAGGCUUUCAGGGUGCUGAAAGCCUACGGGUUGCGGGAGUAUUACAGGGGAUUGGUGCCCGUUCUGCUGCGGAACGGGCCCAGCAACGUGCUCUUCUUCGGCCUGAGGGGGCCCAUCAAGCAGUGCCUGCCCGAGGCCACCUCGCACAGCUCUCACCUGGUCAACGACUUCAUCUGCGGGGGGCUGCUGGGAGCCAUGCUGGGCUUCCUGUUCUUCCCCGUCAACGUCGUAAAGACUCGCAUGCAGGCUCAGAUUGGCGGCGAGUUCCAGUCCUUCUCCAAAGUGUUAGUGAAGAUCUGGCUGGAGCGCGACAGGAAGGUGAUGCACCUCUUCAGGGGAGCCCACCUGAACUACCACCGCUCCGUGCUGUCCUGGGGGAUCAUCAACGCCACCUACGAGUUCCUGCUGAAGCUGCUGUGACCCCGUCCCGCUCGUGGGGCAGCAGCACUCGGCCUCCUCGGUCCCAGGGAGCACUGCCUGUGCAUGUGACAGUAUUCCUUUGCUGGCAGGUGAGUUUACCCAUCACAGAGCUACCAGACAAACACAAGGUGUAAAAGAGGAAAGAAGUGUAGUCUAUCACUCCCAAAAUUGCUAUGCUCUGUGGUGGGGUGAACUCCACUGCCCAUGUUUAGAACGGGAGAAUCAAGGAGGAGCUGAAGAAAAACAAUUCCAUUGCCUGAUCAUCUUCCCAGUCUCGAUUUUGGAACUGCGUUUUCAGAUGUUUUGGGGUCCUCAUUGCGUAAAGCUCAAAGGACAGAUACCGAAGGGGAUGACUGAAGUGCAGAGCUCCCACUGCACCUCAGCGUGCUGCAGGCACCUCGGGGGGUGGCCUGUGGUGACUGUGUCCUCAGCCGUGGCACCGAGGGUGUGGCCUCAGCCCGGCUGGAUCUCUGUGUGUGUGUGUGUGCGUGUUCGUACGUGUGCCUUCCUGUGAAAAGGGAAAAGUGGAAGGAAUGGGACAGCAAACUCACUACAGCUUUAAAGUGUCCUUCCUCGUUAAAAAACACCGAGUUUGUUCUGCUUUUUCUGAGGACUUCCUGUUUUUUAAUUGCUGCUUUUUGUGUUGCCUCCAGCUGCAGGGUCGGGGAGGUGUCCCUGUCUGUAGGGGCACUCCAGCUCCUGCAGCUGCUCAAGCACUUCUCACACGGCUUUUUGCACUGCCACGUCUUGUCUUUCCUCAGCUCCCUCUGCGGAGUUACCCAUCACGGGAUGUUUGUACCCAAAACUCGGGGUUCUGCCCGCUUGGUGUGUUCUGCUCAUGGUUCUGCACGGGCAAGGUGAGAGUCCUGGGUUACCUGCUUCAGUGGAGGUCUGUAGGUGUAGUGGGGAUGACAAGCCAAAGAUGACCUUGGGAGCAGGGAGCAGGAAGGGUGGAGUGCUUGGAGACGUGUUUCAGGACUUCUGUAGGCAAACGUAGGAAAGGACUGACAGAAAUCUGUGUCUGACAGACAGGAGUUGAGGGAGACUUGAGGCUUUAGUACAGGGACAGAAGAUUGAGCACAACCCUGAGCUAGAUGAGGGUCCCAACAAAAGUGUUGGAAUCUCCCUGAGGGCUUCUUCUUUAAUGAAACUGUACAUUCACAGAUAAACCAAAACACGCUGGACGAUGGGGAGCAGCAAAGCUUUCAGAAACUGCUUUGAAUUUAGUCUUUUCUUAAGUCUUGGAGGGGCUAUUGCUUUUCUGAAUUUGAGUUUCCCAUUUGCUAAAACUGUCUUCCGAAAUUGAUCCUAAUCAGUGUGUUGCAAUCAUACAGUCCUGAGCUUCAGACAGCAGCGGGUGGGCACAAGCACGAGUUCCUGUAUCCCAGUGGUGAUUAUCUUCAUCUAAAUAAAAUGUUUACUGGAUGUUUGUUACUGGCAGAAUCUGAUUUUUACCAGUGUACCUUCUUUUUGUAAUCACUCCUUGAUGGAAUAAAAACAAAAUCUGCAUCCCA